AUGCCGCGGGUCACCCCGACUCGAGCGAGAAUCGACAUUCACAGCGAUUCGAGCUCUAGCGAUGAAGACCACCACCACCCUUCUUCACACACCAAGUUGCCUCUGAACACCACCCAAUCUACCGUCUUUCGUGACCUCUCCAUCCCCCAGGCUCAGAACCGCCAGUCUAGCGCCAUUGCGAGCUCGGCCAUCGUCUGCAUCACCACCGAUCUCAAGCAGUUCCAACAACAAGUAGGCGUGCCAACGUCGGAAUCCCACCAACCGGUAGGACACGCCAAUUGGGCAGAUAAACAGAAGAACAGCGGAGGAGGUCGCCUGAGUCGACCGCGCAUUACAGCCAACACUUUUGAAGUUCUCGACACUGUUCCUGAGGACGAGUCGCAACACGGCCCAUCCGAAGCCCCGCCUUCAAGUGUUUCGGACGCUUUCUUGCAGGACUACCCCCAGCUGUCAGUCGAAGAGGUAUCGCGACAUAUCCUGUCUACAGCGGCCCGUGAAAUAAAAUCAGCCGAAGAGCAGCUCGCGAAGCAUCGCAGAGGCGAUUUUGAAUGUGUUCUUGAAACCAAAAUCCCCAUUCUUUCUAACUCCAAGGGCGAGUUCGCCUCUGGGCCCAAGGCUCUCACAAUAUACCAGCCGGUGUAUCUCGGUUGCAAUCUCCUGCCAACGCCGGCCCAGGCAGGUAGUGACGGUCAAACCCAAGACCGCUCAGCACCAGCUUAUACGCUCUUGACUACCCCGUUGAAAGUUACCGACGAGCUGAUAAAGAUGUUGGAGGAAAAUUCGUCUGGGGAAGAGAUGGUUCCCCCUGGAUCCGGUGACCAGCAUUCCACACCAAUUAAGCAGCAGGACAUUUACGCAGACAAGCGGCCUGGAAAGGGUACCUCACAAUCUGCGACUCCGACCAGAGAAGACGACAGCUUCGCCGAGGUGAUCACGUCCAGGUCGCCAGCCAAGCCUGUCGCGAGAAUCGAGGACUCCCUUGAAGCACUCGAUCAGUUGGAAGAACAGUUGGAGGCUUUCGAUGAAGCUGCUCACAUUGAAGAAGUCGUGUCUCCGGAAAAGCCCAAGUCGGCCCGUAAACAUAAGGACUCGCCGAAGAGCGCUGGGACCGUCAGAUUUGCCACCCCGCAGCCGAAACGGAAUUCGAUGAAGCCAGGUUCCGCUUCCGUCAGGGUCAAGCCCGCCUCUGAGCCCCGUCGAGGAUCACUUCGCAGAUCAAACUCUAUGAUCUUCCUGGAUUCACCCAAAAUGAAGACCCAGGACAAGUCCAUUGCCCAGGCCCCACCCAAGAAGGCUGCAGUCAAACUGCCUGCCAGUCUACUUCCGCCGAAGCAGCCGCCCAAGUCGACGAAGCUAGCUACGAAGCCAACCUUUGAGCUACCUGGAGAAGCAGUGGCUCGUAGGCUGAAAGAGCAGCGGGACGCACGCAUGACCUCGCAAGCAGCCGUUGAGCGCUUAUCCAAACCAACUGCGUCGAGUCUGCGAAGGACCAAGUCUGCAAGACAACUUGAACGCCCAACAUUUGAGCUUCCGGGUGAAGCCAUUUCUCGUCGCAAGCGGGAGGAGCAUGAGUCCCGACUGAAAGCGCAGGAGGAGGAGGAGAAGAAGCGACGCGAAUUCAAAGCCAGACCCAUAGGCUCUGGUGUCGUGCAGGCCUCAGCUCCUCGCGGCACACUUUCCAGCCGUGCUCGACAAAACAUGGCAACCUUGGCAGAGAAUCCCGCUCGGCAAGCUGCGCCUAGUCCAAACAAACGCUUGUCUACAGCCACAUGGUCCAAUGGCCGAUCACCACUAUCUGAUUCUAAAAACCAGCCGCAAACACGCGGCCGAGACUCCCAGCCUGAGACUUCGGCAGCUCAGGCCAGGCGUGCAAUUUCAAGCUCAGCGGGUAGCACCAGCGGCAAGCGCAGCACGCUAUCAACAGAGAAGGCACACCAGCAGAGACAACGAGGCCAGGAGGUAUACCAACGAGACAACUCGUUGACGGGCAAUCGGGAGCGUGAGAAGCGAGAACACGAAGCUCUUGCUAGACUUGCCAGGGAGGAAGCGGCCGAGAGAUCUCGUCAGCAGAGCCGAGAAUGGGCGGCGAAGCAAGCAAAGAAGAGAAUGACUGUCAGCUCACUGCGAGACGUCAUGACUUGA